AUGGCAGCUAAUUUAUCUAAAGUAACUUCUCGAUUGUCACAACAUUCCAUAUAUGGACCGCGACAUUUGCAAUUUCGACAACUGCUCGGGAAAUUUAUCGACAAAAGCAUCAAUCCUUAUGUUGAUGAAUGGGAAGCACAGAAACAUUUCCCAGCACAUAAUUUAUUCAAGGAAUUGGGAUUGCUUGGAAUCUUUGGUGUUAAUAAACCAGCUGGUUACGGUGGUCUUGGUCUUGAUUUUAGUUAUUCGAUAGCGAUAGCCGAAGAACUUGGCCGAAUCAAUUGUGCAGCUAUUCCGAUGGCUAUAGCUGUUCAGGUUUCAAUUUUUGUUUUCCUGGUAUUUUUUUAG